AUUUUCUGCCUCUGCUAGGUUUUGAUGCAUCAAAGCUUUCUGUAUAGAAUACAUUAGUUUCCAGGCGGCCUGUUUUUAGCUAGCUAGCUAGCUUAGGUUGUGAUUUGGGAAGAUGGGGAAUUGUCUUAAGCGUGGAUCGUCGUCAAUGGUGUGGGCGGAGGAUGACAGGGAUGAGUGGGAAUGGGUAUCGCCGGAGAAGAUAAUUGCAGAGAGGGAGGGUUUGUUGUGUGAUAAUAAAAGCAGUGCAUCCUUCUCCUCAUCUACGCCGUCAUCGUCUCCUUUUUCUUCUUCUUCUUCCCCUUCGAGUGGAGAGUUGAAGAUCGUGAUCUCAAAGAAGCAGCUGGAGCAGCUGCUGGGAAAAGGGGAGACGGCGGCGGAGCAAGUCUUGGCGGGAUUGUUGGUCGACGCCGGUAAUCGUGGUGGUUCCGAAAUGCUGCGCCAACGAUCAUGGAGGCCCCGUUUGCAGAGCAUUCCGGAAGUGAAUUGAAAGCCAUGAUAUAUGCUAGGUUUAUGGAUUUUCUCCUUUUUGAUUUUGGUAAUUGGCUGAUUUUGCCGGUUCAUGUAAAUCAUUUUACCAGAUCAUUAGGCUGAUUUUUUGUUGAAUUCUUUAACCAUUCAUUGGCAUAUGCAGUGUGUUUCUGUCUGAAUUUC